GCGACUUCAUAAACAACCACGACCAAAACCCCCACAUGCGAUAGACUACCAUCUUACUUAUACCAGCUGAGCAUACAAUUCGUAUUCAAAAUGCCCAGCAGGGUAUCAACCGCGCGGUCCACGAGAGCAUCCGCUGUCUCUCACAAAUCCUCAGUCCAAACAUUGAAUUCUCGCGCUUCAACAGCGUCGAGGAUAUCCACGCCCAACAUUGAGAUACCAGACGAAUCCCCAGAAAACGAGCUGAGGACACAGAUAGGAUCUAUUUUCCGGGAUGCGCAACGGACAACAGCCAGCCACAGAAAGCUAGUCAUCAAUCUGCGAAAGAUCCAGGGAGCCUGCUGUUACGAGCCUACGACCAGCAAGAAGAACCAAACCGGCGCAGAGGAUUUCGACGAAGAACAAUUCACAGAUGAGUUUACACGGUGCGUUCUACGCAUUAUGCCCGUGAAGAAGAGUGAGAGCGUGGGCGAGCGUGCGAUUCGAUUUACAGGAUUGUUCUUGCGACAUGCGAACGAGAAGGACAAUGAGCUUCUGCCGGAGAGCGAUGACGAUGAAGGAGUUAUGAUGGACACGCCGAGUACACGACUUACUUCGCACCUCAUGAACUCGGUACUGCCUCUUCUGACAGCGAAGGAGAAGUUCGUCAGGUACAGGUCGACACAGCUGAUCUCCCAUAUCAUUAAUUCUCUUGAGGCUAUUGACGAUGAUCUCUUCCAACUCCUACGUCACGGACUGCUUAAACGGAUACAUGAUAAAGAGGCUAUGGUCCGUGUUCAAGCUGUGUUGGGACUGGGCCGCCUUGCAGGAAACGAGGUUGAGGGCGAAGCUGCGGACAGCGACGAUGAUGACUCUGGAUCCGGAUUACUUGGACGAUUGCUGGAUGUGCUCCAGAAUGACCCCAGUGCUGAUGUUCGAAGAUCACUCUUGGUUAAUCUACCAAUCCUUCCAAAUACCCUGCCAUUCUUGUUGGAAAGAGCCCGUGAUCAGGAUUCAGCGACUCGACGUGCUUUGUACUCCCGACUUUUGCCCGCCCUCGGAGAUUUCAGACAUUUGUCUUUAUCUAUGCGUGAAAAGCUGCUUCGCUGGGGCCUGAGAGACCGAGAUGAGAAUGUCCGAAAGGCAGCCGGAAAGCUUUUCCGGGAGCGCUGGAUUGAGGAUUGUGCUUAUACGGCUGAAGCUGAAGCCGAGGGAGCUGAGACUGUGACGGGUGAAGCUAAGCCACCAAACUUCGAAGGCCUUCUGGAAUUACUUGAGCGCAUCGAUGUUGUGAACUCUGGUGUGGAGAACGGAGUUGCAUUGGAAGCAAUGAAGGGCUUUUGGGAAGGUCGUCCAGACUACAGAGACGAAGUCACAUUCGACGACAAUUUUUGGGAUACCUUGACUGCUGAAGCCGUCUUCAUGGCAAGAAGCUUCAAUGAUUUCUGCAGGAACGAAGGUAACGGCAAAUUUGAAGCACUGAUUGAGGAGAAAAUGCCAGAGGUCACCAAGCUUGCUUUCUAUCUCCAGCGAUACAUCACUGUUCUGGUAGAAGCAUUGAAGAGGGUUGCAGAGCAAGAGCCAAGUGAAGAUGAGGACGAAGAGGAUACUGUGGAGCAAGAAUUUAUCGUUGAACAGCUUUUGCAUAUCGCGCGAACGCUUGACUAUUCGGAUGAGGUUGGGCGCAGAAAGAUGUUCGCUCUUUUGCGACAAACCCUGUCUAUUCCAGAUAUUCCAGAGGAGGUCACCAAACUCACUGUUGAGGUUCUUCGGGGUAUUUGCGCUGGAGAUGCUGCUGGAGAACGGGAAUUCUGCAGUGUCGUUCUUGAGGCUGUCGCCGAUGUGCACGAUACUAUUAUGGACGAGCCAGCUUCCGAGGAUGCAGAUGAAAGCUUCCACUCCGCAAGAUCAGAAAUCAGCGGCGAUGGUACUCCAACUAAAUCUGGAAAAGCCUCUCAGCGGACCGAAGAGGAGGACCAGGAAAAGGCGAUCCGCGAGAUCAUGGUGAACAUGAAAUGUCUACACAUCGUUCAGUGUAUGCUUGAAAACGUCGAGGGAAACCUGCAGCAGAACGUUGAUUUGGUUGCCAUGCUGAAUAACUUGGUUGUACCUGCAGUUCGAAGUCACGAGGCUCCAGUUCGAGAGCGUGGUCUCCUAUGUCUGGGUCUCUGCUCACUACUUGACAAAUCUCUUGCAGAAGAAAACUUGACUCUGUUCAUGCACUUCUUCAGCAAGGGCCACGCAGCUCUCCAAAUCACUGCCUUGCAAAUCCUUACUGACAUCUUGAACCAACAUGGUGCCCACCUUCUGGACAACAAUCCUGCACUCCUGAAAGUUUAUUUGAAGGCCCUGAAAUCCGGUACCAAGGCACCAGAAGUCCAGGCUGCGGCUACCGUUGCCGUGGCGAAACUCAUGCUCGGGCGUGUGAUUUCAGACGCUUCGCCAGCGAUUGAGGAUCUACUCAAGACACUGGUCGUGCUCUACUUUGAUCCCAGCACAGCUCACAAUCAAGGCGUUCGCCAAACACUGAGCUAUUUCCUUCCAGUCUACAGCUUUAGCCGAAAGGAGAACCAAUCUCGCAUGCAGAAAGUGGCUCUUGAUGCUCUUCACAAGCUCUUCGAAGUCCAAGAAACUCUCGACGAUGAGGGCGAGGCCGAGACUGAGAUGGUCAGUCUCAGCACCAUCGGCGCACAUCUCAUUGACUGGACCGACCCCCGGAAAUGCUAUAUCCCAGGAAAUCAAAUGACGCUCGAAGAAAGUGCCAAGAAGUUUGUAAAUGGCGAUGUGCAUCUCGACUUCGCUCGCGACCUCCUCGAGCGUCUUGACUCUGGAAUAAGCAGAGAAGAAAAGAAAACCCUUGCCCCACUCCUCGCCAAACUUCACAUCUCACCCGCCUCCACACCCUCCCUCCUCCGCGAAAUCUACGCCGAAGUAUCCCUCGCCAUUGACGAGAAGCUCAUUGCCGAUGCUACGGGCCGUAAUGCACUCUUCAAGAUCCACGUUUCGCUUGGCAAGAUCGUAAACACGCUGAAAGAGAAAGACGACGAGCACGCUAGCCUUACGUUGAAUCUAAGGGGUAGCGUGAAUAGUAUGACCAGUCGCAAGAGUAGCGUUGCGCCAAGUGUGGUGGAUGACGAGAAGAGUGUGCUAAGUACGAUUGAGGGAGAGGGAGAAGAGGACUUGGGGAAGGUUGAGGAGGAAGACGAUGAUGAUGAGGGAACUAUUAUUGGGAAUCCCACGCCCAAGAGGAGGAGUGGUACGAGAGAUUCACUUGUGGAUGAGCUAUUGAGUGAUGGUGAUGUGGAUAUGUCGGGUGUAUGAUUCUUGGUUUGGAAGUGUAAUGAUGACAUGAUAUAUGGGGGCAUGGAACGGCAGGCUGAGGUGGUGGGAUUGUUUGGCGUUAUCAAUUACAACCUGCUUCAGACUCAGAGCGUCGUACAAAAUCACCACCCUAGCACCAAGAACCUUUAUGUGCAUGCAUAAAGAGUGUCCGCAAACCAGCCACUAGCCCGCCAUAUGCUACCUACCGCAGCCCAUGAGCCAAAUGAAAGGGAGUCUGGUAGCAUCAAAUGAUCAAAAAGAAACCCAUGUAUUUCACCGCCAUACCGUCAUGUGGCUUCACCUAUUAAAUCAUAAUCAUGUCCAUUGUGUUAUGGGGAGUUUAGCGGUACAAUAUCGUCAUGUUCUCCUGGAUAUUGCGUUACCGUAAUGGGCACGUCGAAGAUACGGGAUGUUCUGACCAAGUGAAGCUUUCGAGUUUGACUUGGGUUCGUGCGGUGAUGGAAGAAAUAAGGAAGGUUGUGCAGGUCUAGGUUGCUCUGGAAAGAAGUCCUGUACUAGCGUCCCGCUUAUGGUAUUGUCUUCAUGAUGAAGCCUGACUGGUGGCCCGAAGAGUAAAUGCAUCGUCUCCUCCCUCGUGAGGAUCGAGCUCGACAAGUGUGUUGGAUUUGAUAGAUAAUCAUGGCACAUGGCAUCGAACCUGCUUCCAAAAAGUGGACAAUCUACCCAAUGCAUGAAUGUAUCGACAGAAUGCAACAAAACGAGGUCC